AUGAGUGUUGUAAAAAAAAUAUUGAAUCAAAAAGAAACCAGGGAAUGGUUAAUGAGCACACAUUUCUGGGGCCCUGUGUUGAAUUGGGGAAUUCCUAUAGCGGCAAUAUCAGACUUUAAAAAGAGUCCUGAAAUAAUCAGCGGUAACAUGACUUUAGCAUUAAUCGUGUAUUCAAUGGCUUUCUUGCGGUUCGCAGUCAAAGUUCAACCGAGAAACAUGUUGUUAUUUGGAUGUCAUACUGUUAACCUAACAGCUCAGAUAAUACAAGAAACGAGGUUCAUAAAUUAUCAUUACAUACAAAAUAAAUAA